AAUUUUGUAACAUUCUCUAUCAUCUGCUGAACUGUAAUCGGUUUUACUUUUAAUCUUUUCUGUAGAGAAGAAUGAUAAUAUGGUAUUUAAAAAUACAAUUUUUGAAAAAGGCUCAAAUAAACGGUCAUUUGCGUUGGCGACACUGUUGCGUGAUAUUUAAAUCUCGGAUUGUCAGUAUUGAUUUGCUUGAUAAUUCUAUGCACCAUAGAAAUGUUGAGUCCGUGGCUAACUUCGCGCUAUUUACUUGCUGCACCGGCUGUCAAAUUUUUCGACUGUUUUGUGUGUUUUAAAAAUUGAAACAUCAAUAUGAACUGGGGAGAUUGGACACCCCAAGAAAAUGUUCUGCUUUCAAUUCUUGAAGUUCUACAAGAAGCCCUGAUACCUGACAACGAGAUUCAAAAAAAUGUGCAGCAAAAGCUGAAUCUGAUACAGAAUAUAGGCGAUUUCACAUAUUACCUCCUAUUUAUAAUUUCCAACCCAAAUUAUUCAGAAGAAAUAAGAAGUUUGAGUGGUAUUCUAUUGAAAAAUAAUAUAAACUCAGUUUAUGACUCGAUAGCACAAGAGUAUUUGUUGAGAAUACGCCAAGAAUGCCUGCGAUUAUUGCAAGAUCCUUGUAAAGACAUUCGAAUUAGUAUUUCAAAUGUCCUUGUUAUGCUGGCCAAAGAUAACUUGGCUUCUUGGCCCGAGCUGGUUCCAUUUCUCAUAAACGCCUUUGAUGCCUCUAACGAGUUUAGUGAAAUUGCCUUGAACACUCUCUUCAAAAUCUGCGAAGAACUGAUAAGAAAUAACAAAUCUGAUGAAGAAAUAUAUGGAAUAACUAGGAAAGUAUUCCCUAAACUGAAUGAAAUGCUCUCUCAGGAGAAAUGUACCUUCAAUCAUGAUAUUAUCAGGCUUGUCAAUCAAUUCCUUCAAGAGUAUUUUAUGAUUGUCAAACAAUCUUUAGACCUGGGAUCCUAUUUAAGGAAUAUAAUGAAAUAUGCUGAUUCUGAAGAUGUAGAGAUGCAAAAACAGGUUUCUAUGACAUUCGACUUAUAUUUAGAUAAUAGAGAAGAUAGUUUAUUGCCUCAUUUGCAUGAAGUUAUACUUUAUCUGCUGGCUAAAACGCAACAUAAAGAUACUGAAGUUGCUUUACAAGCCUGUGAAUUUUGGUUUACUGCCACCAAGCUGUCAAACUGUAAGGAGCUACUGUCACCUUACAUGGAAAAACUGCUUCCAGUGUUAUUGAAAAAUAUGAAGUAUUCUGAGUAUGAGCUGAUGGCCCUGAAAGACUGCUUGGGUAACGAUUCCAAUGAAAAGGAUUCGUCGAAAGAUAUUUAUAGAUAUCAGAAUAUUCAGAACAAGGAAAAUGCAGAUGAAGAAUGUUACAGUGACGAUGAAGAUAAUUUCAAUGAAGAAGUAGAUGAUUGCUAUAUUGGUUGGACGCUUAGGAAAUGCAGCGCAGCAUCUCUUGAUGGAAUUGCUGUUAGGUUUCGUGAAGAUCUACUUCCUUUACUAGUACCUUACCUCAAUGAGAUUUUAUCACACCAGGAUUACUACAUUAAAGAAUCGGCGAUUCUAGCUCUAGGCGCCGUAGCUGAAGGAUGUAUGAUGGGCUUAAAGCCGUACCUUCCAUUUUUGAUUAAUUAUUUGAUCAAUUCAAUGAAUGACGAACAUUCUGUCAUUAGAGUUAUUACUUGCUGGACUUUGGGACGUUAUGUACCUUGGAUAAUCAACAGUGAUCCCUCCCCACACACCUAUUUCAUACCAGUAAUGACUGUCUUACUCAAACAUUUCAUUGAUGAUAAUAAGAGAGUUCAGAGAGCUGCGAUCUCCGCUUUCUGCAUUUUUCAAGAGACCGCUCAAGCUAAACUCAUACCUUAUAUAGAUAUUAUACUGGAGGGAUUUGAACAAGGGUUUCAGAGAUUCCAAUAUCGUAGUCUGUAUCUAUUAUAUGAUGCUAUAGGUGCUCUCGCACAAUCGGUAGGCAACCAGUUGAGUAAACCUGAAUAUAUAAACAAAUUGAUGCCUCAGUUGAUGCACAAGUUUUCACAAUGCGAUAACUAUUCCGAUGAUAAUUUCAUAGCGGUGCUGGAAUGUUUGUCUAACAUUAUUCCGGCUUUGGAAAUUUCUUUUUUGCCAUAUUCAGAGGUAGUUUACUGGCAUUGCUUGAGAAUAAUAACCGAUACUAUACAUUCAACGAUGAAUUACAACGAGAAUCCCAGGGAGCACGAUGUUCCAGACAAAGAACCUAUGAAUGUAGCCCAUGAUGUUUUAUACAGCAUGGCUCUAGGUCUCAAGAACCACUUCAUCAAGUACGUAAUGAACAGUAACUUAUUGGUCUUGUUGCAUACCACAAUGAUGGAAAAUAUGUCCCUUAUCAGACAAACGGCGAUAGCCUUGUAUGGCGAGCUCAUCAUAUUGUGUUUUCCUUAUCUGUCGAACACCGUUAGCGAAUACAUCCCCAUAUUGAUCAAGAAUUUAGAUGAAAAACACGAGGGUGUAUGCAACAACGCAGCUUGGGCUUUGGGAAAACUCAGUUCUGUGAUGGGUUCCGCCAUGCACCCCUUCAUAUCGGACAUGAUGGUACCAUUCGUCAAUAUUUUGAGGAACUCCAAUCUGAACAGGCCCAUGUUCAGAACUGUAGCAUUAUCAUUCUGCAUAAUUUGUUACGUGAGCAACGACAUAACUGUACCGGAUUUGGAUUUGAUUCUGAAAAACUGCUGUAUGCUCAUAAGGAACGUCAAAGAUUCGGAGGAGAAGGAUUUGGCUUUCAGGGGACUCUGCAAAGCGGUCGUAUCGCAUCCCAGCUUCUUCAAGGAGAACUUCAUGUACUUCUGUGACGCAGUGGCCUCUUGGAACAGCAUGCGGCUCGAUCUGAAGGAGAGCAUAAAGUCGAUAUUGGCCUCCUUCAAGGAACAGUGCGGGGAAGAGAACUGGACUGUCUUUUAUCAACAGUGCCCUGAGCCGUUGAAGAUGCGACUGAUCAGUCUGUACGGGAUAUGAGGCAAAAACUGAGGGCAUUCAAUCGGAUAGGGGGUAAAUACGAUGGGUGGGAAGCCUGAAAGCGCCUGCCCUGAAUACGUCGGAAGCGCAUUAAAAGGGAUUAAUUUCGCGAGGGAGGGGAUAGCCGCGUUUUUACAUCUUGAAUCGCAUAUCAAAACGGCCAAUUGUCGUUUUGUCUAAGCUUCAAUUGGAAUUUCAACUCGGAUUUCGAAGAAAAUCAGCGCUGCCUAUAGAAAUGAAUGGUUACGGUUAGAGUAAACAUAACCUCGAAAAGUUUUCUAUGUCAAGUGUGUAAUUUUGGAGUUAUUCAGGUUUUUUUCGCAUUAACCACGCAGAGCGCAAUUUUCUUCUGAAAUCUCCGUUCCUAAUGAAUCUGUGAAUAGAAUUUGAUCUAUUUUCAUCGAAAAUUUCUCUUGAUAUUUCAAAAUUUCCGAGCGUGUUUAUGAACAUAAAACUGUUUCAGUAUUUUCAACCAAAUGUAAUGUGAAAUUGAGGAAAAUUAUCGAGUAGAUUAGAUACUAAUCGAGUAACUAGUUACGUGAAUUUUUGUACCUACUUAUGCAUGAACUAGAAAGAAUCAACAAUGUAAUCUAAUGAUCUUGAGGAAGCAUGAUUUUUCAAUGCAUGACCAGAUAUAUUUUAUGAUAUGCUAAAGCAGUAUUCAUGGAUUUUCGAUAAAUUUUCUAGUCUAAUCAUAUGAUCAAUUUUUGUAUUUCAUUUCGAAUUUGCAGGAAACAGCUUAUGGGUUAUGUUGAAAAUGUGUAUUGGACCUCUUUGUUGUGUUAGACGAAUCAUUAUUUUAUGCAAUCUCAUGAGAUAUGUGUAAAAUCACUUUUUUAUAAUACUUGUAUAACAGCCGAGUGUUAAUAAAUAUUUUAGAUAUUU